AUGUAUCUCAAUAUUUAUCUACAAUCACUCCUGAUAACUUUGGUCCUGGCUACACGUGGCCAACCAAAUGUCCGAGCUGGUCAGCCCGUGCGGACAACAAGUGGACUAGUUUUUGGCCAUUCAUCUUCGUGGCAACCAAAUGUAUCCGAAUACUUGGGAAUCCCCUAUGCCCAGCCACCCAUUAAACAACUUCGGUUCGAAGCACCGCGACCGUACUAUGGGGCAGAGCCCAUCUUUGCGACCAAGUUUUCUCCUGACUGUCCGGCCAAUGGAAUGGCUCCGCCAAACUCGUCAAUAUCAUAUGAAUCUGUAGCUGAUACUAUUUUUAGUACAUUGAUUCAGGCGGGGGACUCCUUUUCAGAAGACUGUCUCACCUUAAAUGUAUGGGCCAAGCCUCAUGGUGGACCAACAUUGAAACCGGUGAUGAUCUGGAUAUACGGAGGAGGGUUUACCUCUGGCAGUACUGCCAAUCCGGCAUAUAAUGGCGCACGUCUCGUAGACUCCAAAGAUGUCGUGGUAGUGAGCAUCAACUACCGUGUUGGUAUAUUUGGGUUUCCAGGAUUUGAUAAACUGCCUUCCCUGAAUCUAGGCCUUCUUGAUCAACGUUUGGCAGUCGAGUGGGUGAGAAACAAUAUUGCACACUUUGGUGGUGACCCAGAUCGCAUCACACUUUUUGGACAGUCGGCUGGGGGGCAAUCGGUGGAUUUUUAUUCUUUUGCGUGGACGGAAGAUCCGAUUGUUUCCGGUUUUAUCAUCGAGUCUGGCUUCGCGUAUGAUGCUCCUGCCGCCAACAUGUCGGGGUGGUUUAAUACAAGUCUUCAGCUUGACUGUGGUGGGCCCGAAGCCGGAAUCAAAACACUGGAAUGCAUGAAAACGAAGAGUUAUAUGGACAUACUCAGCGCCGUACAAGGGUAUUUCGGUCCCACGGCAGAUAACCGGAUUGUUUGGGCAAAUUACACAAGCCAAAGGAUAAGGGGAGCUUUUGUAAAACGGGCAAGUUGA